AUGAACCUGGCUUGCUUUCAACCUGGCGCUGCUGCUGCUGCUGCUGCUCCUGCAUCGCGCGCAGACUUUUGCAGCAGCGGGAGCGCGAGUGAGGAGAGCGGAGCGGGCCUGUCGCUGGGCAAGUGCAAGGCGCCACCCCCGGAUGCCGCGGCGCAGAUCAUGGCCGCGCUCGGCAGAGGCGCGCGCGCGCAGCCGUCUGGCCGCGAGCCGCACACCACUGCCUACUCUGCAUUGGACUACCAGCUCGAUGCCGUCGCCGGCCGGCUGAGCGUCGGCCCCUGCCUCAUGGGCGGCGAUUAUGGCGCCGGCGGCGUGCCACUCAUGGUCGAGUCUCCCUGGCCGUCGUCCGCCGGCGUGGCGCCGCCGCCGCCGGCCCGCGCCGCGCGCCCGCGGAGCGGCGGCGCCGAGGGGUCGGGGCCCCGGCAGGUUCGUCAGCGCCCGCGCGUAGCUGGGGCGGAAGCUGCGUGGCCGGCCGGCCCCGCGCUCACGCUCACGCGCGCCAGCAGCGACGGCAGCCUGUGCGGGGAGCUCUCCCCCAGCGGCGUGGAGGCGGCGGCGCGCGGUGCGGCGAGGGCGGCGGCCGAGGCGGGGGCGGCUGCGGCGGCGGCGACAGGUGGCGGCGGACGGGACGACCUGCCGGUCGACUGCCCGCCCAUGAUCUCAAACCCAUUCUUCUGGUUCGGGACCGGCCAGCUGGCGGAAGCGCCCGCCGCCACGCCCUCGGACGGCGGCGCCGCCCGCAGCCCCGCGGGCGCGGCGUCCCGGAGGGCCGCCGGCGCGCUGUGCUCGUACCCCUGCACGGCCGACGAGGGCGCUGGCCCCGACGGCGACGCACGCAGCCUAGCGGGGGCCAGCAGCGCGAGCAGCGCGAGCAUGGCGGCUAUCGCGGCAGCGGGUGACGAGGCCGUGGGCGACGCUUCCUCCGCCCCGACCAACGCCGAGGCCGCUUUCACAAACCCUUUCUACUACGCAGG